AUGUCCAAAUUCAAUUCCACAAUUCAUCGAACGAUAUCUGAGCCGCUUAUUUCAAAUAACCAUGAAUACCCGAAAACAGUCGAAACGGGCUCUACAGUCUCACAACUACCACCUGAUGUUGAUAUGAAUAAGCUUGAGAGAGGAGAUCUGGUUUUUGAUACCCGACCAACUCAUGAGAAAAGUCCUAUUCUAAGAAAGCCUCCCGUUUCGGACUAUAGAUCUAUUCCUCUGAACGAGACGGCUUCUGCGCCAGCAGUCCCGUUACAAAUAAGCGCCAGAGAGAUACCCGAUCUGCCAAGGAGAGCCUACCCGGAAGCCCCAAAUCCCGAUCACGGAAACGGUAAUGCUAAUGAAAAUAAUGGCUCAUACAUGUCCCCCAUAACCACCUGGCUUUGGAGACUGUACUACAGUAAUCGAACAGUUUUCUACUGUGUAAUUGGCUUGAUAAUAAUUGUCACGACAUUAUACACCGCUUUCACCGGUGAAGGCUCGAAAUAUUACGUUGUAAUCUUGAGGGCUUCUGCGUGUUACGUCUUCGGUACAGAUAGAGCACAAUCAUUGUUUGGCCAAAGUUUCUGUGACUUUGGGGAUCGCCGAAAGUAG